CGGAAACAGCAGAGGUCAUGAUGAAGCCGGGGGUCUUCCUCCUCCUCCUCCUCCUCCUCUUCCUCCAGGUGUGCGGAUCCGCGCUCGGCAGGUGUUUCUGCCAGGUCACAGGUCACCUGGACGACUGCACCUGUGACGUGGAGACUAUCGAUGAAUUCAACAACAACCAGCUCUUCCCCAAACUUCAAACUCUCCUGGAGUCUGAUUACUUCAGGUUCAACCAGGUGAACCUGAACAAACCGUGCCCUUUCUGGACGGCCGACAGCCACUGUGGGCUGAGAGACUGUGCUGUGAAGCCCUGCUCACCUAACGAGGUACCUGAGGGGAUCCGGUCCUCCUCGCACGACAAGUAUUCAAAGGAAGCAAACGAGCAGCUGGAUGAAUGUGAGCAUUCCAAGCAUCUCGGGGCUGUAGACGUGUCCUUAAGCGACGAGACCCGAGCGGCGCUGCAGAACUGGAGCAAGCACGACGACGAGGCGGAGCGCUUCUGCAUCGUGGACGAUGAGGAGUCACCAGAUUCCCAGUACGUGGACCUGCUGCUCAACCCCGAGCGUUUCACCGGCUACAAGGGACCGGAGGCCUGGCAGAUCUGGAACAGCAUCUACGAGGAAAACUGCUUCAAGCCGUUUGCCAUCCAGCGUCCUCUGAUGCCCAGCUUGUUCCAGAGCAGUGGGAGUGAAGGCAGGAUCUUCUACCGCUGGCUGGAAGGUCAGUGCGUGGAGAAGAGGGCUUUCUACCGGCUCGUCUCUGGCCUCCACGCCAGCAUCAACAUCCACCUGAGCGCCAGAUACCUGCUGGACGACAGCUGGUUCCAGAGGAAGUGGGGACACAACGUGUCCGAGUUCAGGCAGCGCUUUGACUCUGAAGUGACGGCCGGCGAAGGGCCCAAGCGGCUCCGCAACCUGUACUUCCUCUACCUGAUAGAGCUGCGAGCGCUCGCCAAGGCUUUGCCGUUCUUCCAGCAGCCGUCCGUCCGGCUGUUCACCGGCCGGCCCGAGGAGGAUCAGAAACACAAAGAGCUGCUGCUGGAGGUCCUGCAGCUGGCCAGGUCUUUCCCUCUGCACUUUGAUGAGACGUCUCUGUUCGCUGGAGAUGAGAAAGAAGCUGCCGGGCUGAAGGAGGACAUCAGACUGGCCUUCCUCAACAUCUCCAGGAUCAUGGACUGCGUCGGCUGCUUCAAGUGUCGCUUGUGGGGGAAACUGCAGACUCAGGGUUUAGGAACGGCGCUGAAGAUCCUGUUUUCCGAGCGACAGAUCGAAGCUCUGCCCAAAUCCAGCCAGCAGACACGCUUCCAGCUCAGCCGGCAGGAGAUCGUCUCGCUGCUCAACGCCUUUGGGAGGAUUUCCACGAGCGUCAGAGAGCUGAGGACCUUCAGGUCGCUGCUCGCAGAGGAGCGGUGACGCCGUCAGCUUCACUCAUCCACUCUGACGGGUCAAACUUCCAACAGAGACUUAAGACGUUGAACCAGCGACUUUGACGUCAACAACUGCUGUGAUCCUGCUGAAACGCCAUUUUUGACUGUUAGAAGUUUAUAAUGAAGAAAAUGUGUUAUUGUUAUUGUUAAAAUUCAAAUCUGAGGUCUGAAAUAUUUCACAUUUGCACUGCUUUUUGAUUUUUAUUUUCAUUUCAUUCAGAGUUUAAUCUGAUCAGGUGUUAUUUUUGAAGUAAAUUCACAUGAAAACGUGUUUUGACCAGUUGAAUCAGAUGUGCACAGAUAUGUUGUUCCUGAAGAGGGCGCUGUUUGCAAAGAAACUGAACGCACUUUUGUGGUUAAAUGCUCACGUUUAUAAUUUUUUUUUUAAUUAAAAAGUAAUAAUUAUUCAGUACUUCAAACGAGACUUAAAAAUUACAUUAUUUUUUAUUAUUUUAUUCAUGUUCUGCUUUGUUUUGAGUGUAAUUAUAUCCUUUGUCACCAUCUUCGACUGUAUUGAUGGUGCCUUCGGGUACGCCUCAGAUUUCAAACUUCUAUCCUACAGGACGUGAUGAAAUUAAGUUAAAUCUUUAAUCAACCUUGACAGACAUGUUGAAAGAAGAUAAAAUGGUUUUCAAAAUAAAUCUUUACUUUUGUUUUACUCGUCAGUUUCUAUUUUA